GGAAACGGUUCGCUUGGUUGUGUCGACUCCUAUCAUCUCUCUUGCAAGGCCGCUCUUCAGCUUCUGCUGUCACCUUUGGAUUUUGUUUCUCUCUUUAUCUCUAUACAGUUCUUGAGAAUAUACGGAGUAUAUCCUUUGGCUCUGGUCCACAGAGUCUGUCGUGUCCGCGUGGAUUUCCUGUCAAUCAUUUCACCAAUUGCAGCGCCGGCGCCGGUAUCAAUAGAGGUCAAUCAUUCAAUCAAUCAAGAAAACGAUGCCAAAAAGAGGAUUUUAACCUGAUAUCUGUUCUUUUCUUCAUGACUCUGCUCUUGUAGCCAGGCUCAGCUUUUACUUCCUGACGUUGACAUCCUUUAUACUUGUGCUGGCCACCCUUUUGUCUCUCACUAUUAUGCAUCGACAAGGUGAGUACGGGGUACACCAGGCUGAUAUUCACCCUCCAGGCUUUCGAUUUUGUUGCUAACGUGAACUGGAUUGCCCAGCCAUCUGAUCGCGCGUCUUUCAUUCUGACAUUGUGUGGCGAGCCUGAGAUUGCUGUGGCUUUUUGCUCCUGAUAUCGACCAUCUUGCAGGAAUCUUCCCGUGACUACGCCCAUUUUCACACACACACACACACACACUCUCUCUCUCUCUCUGUCUUGACAUACACCCAUUCAAAAGAAUAUCGUGAAAGUUAGCCCGGUCUUCACCCUGCAAACACUCCCUGUUUACUCGUUCUUCUUUGUCAUUCACUUCUCCAUCCUUUGACCAUUCUACGCCCGCCUUUCCCCAGUCCUUUCCUUACCACUAAAAGCUACACGCUCCUUCAGCAUCUCUCUCUGCUGCGACAAUUGUGUGAACUCUUACACUCUCUUUGCCUCAGCUUGUCUGUUUGUUUGUCCACGUUCGCUUCGGCUACUUCGAAGACCCGGCGGGAUUCUUCGCGACUCCUCCAUUUGCAAUGGAUUCAGCGCCCCAUGGCACCAACACGACAUAUAUCUCCGAUUACACAAGAGGGUUAACGGGCGUAAACGUUCGUUUCGACCACCUUCUUACCCAGAUACUAUGCGUCUCUAUUGGAGGUGUUGCAGUGCUCGUCCUCUUCGCGAGGAUAGCGCAGCUGGGUCACUCAUACCUCCGCCGAGUUCUCUCCUCCGUCACUCCCCCGAGACAACAAAGAUUCUGGGGAAUAGAAGAAUCACAGAUAUGGCCAAAUAUCAAGAAGCACAUCUUAUAUGCUCCGUUGGGGAGGAAGAGACAUAACCGAGAGUUCCAGCUAUCCACGGCGGUCAACGUCGGGACGCUCCCUUCGCGGUUCCAUACGAUAUUGCUCACUCUCUACAUCGGAAGUCAGCUGGCCUACUGCAUUAUUCUUGACUACAGUGUGAACAAAAAAGCUGCGCUGGUUGCAGAAGUCAGAGGCAGAACCGGUAACCUAGCUGUGCUUAAUAUGAUACCCUUGAUCAUCUUGUCAGGCAGAAAUAACCCCUUGAUUCCUCUUCUUCGCGUCAGUUUCGAUACGUACAAUCUUCUUCAUCGAUGGAUCGGCCGCGUCGUUGCUUUGGAGGCUAUCGCUCACACGCUUGCCUGGGCCAUCAAUGCGGUCGAUGCAACUGGCUGGGACAGCAUGUGGAGAGGUCUCAGGGAAGAUUCAUUCUAUACGUGGGGCUUGGUGUCUACCGUGGCGCUCGCGUUUCUCUUCGUUCACUCGCCUUCUCCGCUGCGACAUGCUUUCUACGAGACGUUUCUCCAUCUUCAUCAAGUCGGAGCCCUGGUGGCAAUGCUUGGGCUCUAUCUCCACCUGGAUCUCGACAAGCUUCCCCAAGUACCUUGGAUGCGCUUCAUCAUUGGUGUUUGGAUACUUGACCGAUGCGCCAGAUUUAUCCGCCUCAUCUAUCUCAACGUGUCGCGCCGCCGUGGUUUGACUAGAGUCGUCGCCAAAGCAUUGCCGGGAGAAGCAACCCGAGUCACUUUCUUCCUGCCUAACAAUGCCCGUAUCGAACCCGGUAGCCACGUCUAUGCCUACCUCCCGCGCAUUUCUUACUGGAUGUCUCACCCUUUUUCCGUGGCCUGGGUUGAGAAAGACGAGCGCUCCGAUUCCGAUUCCGACUCCGCCCUUUCUGAGAAAACAUUAGCAAGCUCCUCAGCUGCUGACUUCAAAUCCAGCCAGAUCAAAGAAUUUGACGAAGAGCUCAACGGCUCCAAAUUUCGACCUACACGCGUCACUCUGAUCAUGGCCGCUCGCACCGGUAUGACGCGCAAGCUUUAUAACGCAGCACUCGCCUCGCCCAAUCUCACCCUCGAAACCAGCGGCUUCAUCGAAGGACCUUACAAUUCUCGCCCUUCCUCCUCCUUUGGCAGCUACGGCACUGUCGUCCUAUUCUCCGGCGGCGCCGGAAUAACCCACCACCUCCUACAGGUCAAGCACCUGCUGGAAGCCGCCGAGGCAGGCACCGUGGCCACCCGAAAGAUAUACCUGGUGUGGGGCGUUCGCACGACGGAACAUCUCUCCUGGGUCCGCGGGUUCAUGGACUCGAUCCUCCACCAGCCAAACAGAAGAGACAUUCUGAUCACGAAAUUAUUCAUCAGCAAGCCCAAGAGCACCCGCGAAAUUACUAGCCCCAGCACGACGUUGCAGAUGUUUCCCGGUCGGUGCCGGCCCAAUAUCGUGCUUGAUGAGGCUAUGGAGUCGAGGGUUGGCGCCACUGUGGUGUCUGUCUGCGGACCAGGCUCGUUUGCGGAUGAGGUGCGUGCCUCUGUGAGAGGGAGGAUCGGAAAGGGUGUAGUGAUUGACUUUGUUGAGGAGUCGUUUACCUGGUGAUGUUUACCUUUCUCCUUAUUCCCCUUUUUUAUUUUUAUUUUUAUUUUUUUUUUUAUUUUUCUGCCAUGUGUUCUCCCACUUUUUCUUCGCACAAGUGCAUAUAUGGGCGUGGAUUAUUUUAUUUUAUUUUUUUCCCCUCCGGCCGCAAGUGGCGUUGUCUGGACAUGCCUGCCAUUCACCUUGAUCCUAUCACAUUUGUUACUCCCUCAUCUCCGGCGGGCCAGUACAUACUUUUUAAUCCUUUCUAUCCGGUCAGAGAUACGGAAGGUGUUUAGCACAUACAUACCAAGUCCCAACAUUUUAAGGGCAGAGAUGUAUUCAAUAGAUACAAGUGCAUCAAUACGUUUUACACACCA